GCCUGUUCUGCGUGCAACUAAUUAUCGCCGUUACAAGGGAACUGCCACCUUCACUCACGCACGCUGAUUCCGUUGAUAUUUUGCAAUAGCAUCGCUACGUUACAGUUGGCGCUUCUCUAAUGCCGAAUCCCUUUCGUUACUUUCCCUUCUAAUCAAUUCCAAAUUCCAAUCCCUCCUCUCUCCCUCAAGUCGAAGCGAAGAGAAGCGACUCUUACGAAAAUCGUCGUUUCUCUUUCUCAUACUCUCUAAUCACUUCCAAUAUCGCAUCAUUCGAUUUGAUAUUCACACAGUUGAUACUUCUGCAGUUCCCGCCAGAAAAGCAGUAUUUACUGGCUUUCUUGUAUGGUGUACUUUCAUGCCAUUUAUGGUUAAUGACACGCCUAAGGAGUGCUUUUGCAUUGGACAGAGAUGGAUAUCUCUAGUCUCUUAACUUCUGCUGGUAUCAAUAUAGCAAUAUGUGCAGUGUUUUUAUCACUAUAUUCUGUUUUGAGAAAACAACCCAGCAAUGCAAGUGUGUACUUCGGGCAGAGGCUUGCUCGGUUACGGUCAAGAGAGGGAGAUGGUUUCACCUUUGACAGACUUAUUCCUUCUGCUAGUUGGAUAGUAAAGGCCUGGAAAGCAACCGAUGAAGAAAUACUGGCUUGUGGGGGCUUGGAUGCAGUGGUUUUUCUCAGGACAGUUGUUUUCAGUAUUCGAAUCUUCUCUAUUGCUGCUACAGUUUGCAUCUUUCUUGUCCUUCCAUUUAAUUAUUUUGGAAAAGAGAUGCAGCACCACCACAUCCGUUCAGAAUCACUGGAUGUAUUCACGAUAGGGAAUGUUAAAGAAAGAUCAAAAUGGAUCUGGGCUCAUUGCCUUGCCUUAUACAUCAUAUCCUGUUCUGCGUGUCUUCUUCUUUAUGUUGAGCAUAAAAACAUCACAAAAAAGAGGUUGGUGCAUAUCACUGGACUUUCUCGAAACCCAAGUCACUUUACAGUUGUAGUUCGUGGUAUCCCUUGGUCUCCAAAAGAAUCAUACAGUGUUUCAGUGAGAAAUUUCUUUGGAAAAUAUUAUGCAUCAAGUUAUUUAUCACACCAAAUGGUUUAUCGAUCUGGUAUAGUUCAGAAACUAAUGAGUGAUGCAGCAAAAAUGUAUGAAAUGAUCAGGUUCAAUUCAACGGAGCCUCACGUUAGAUCAAAUCUGCUUAGAUGUUGCGUCUGUGGAGGAACAACACAUUCUUUUAGAAUGCUCUCCAAUGAACCGGAAAGUAUUUGCCCAGGAAGUGACAACAUUGACCCAGAUUUAAGAGAAAAGGAAUGUGCAGCUGCUUUGAUUUUCUACAGGACACGAUAUGCUGCUUUAGUUGCUUCACGGGUUCUUCAGUCGUCAAAUCCCAUGCAUUGGGUCACAGACCGGGCUCCAGAACCACUUGAUGUCUAUUGGAAAAAUCUUUGUAUACCAUACAAACAACUUUGGAUUCGUAAGCUAGCAACUCGUCUGGCUUCUCUUGUUUUGACGCUUUUAUUUAUUGUGCCUGUGGGCUUUGUACAAGGUCUCCUUCACCUAGAGGGUCUCCAGAAACGAUUUCCUUUUCUGAAAGGAGAUUUGGAGAACAAGUAUAUAAUCCGUGUGGUGACUGGGUAUCUUCCAAGUGUGGUAUUGAUGAUAUUUCUUUAUGCUGUUCCUCCAGCAAUGAUGUGGAUUUCAACAAUUGAGGGCUCUAUCUCUCGUAGUGCCAGGAAAAGGAGUGCAUGCACCAAAGUCCUAUACUUCUUGAUCUGGAAUAUUUUUUUUGGUAAUGUCUUGUCAGGUAAACUUAUUGAACGAUUGAGCGUUUUUUCUCGUCCUGGAGAUGUUACUGCCCUACUUGCCACAGCAGUGCCUGCACAGACAACCUUCUUUAUGACUUACGUUCUGACAUCAGGUUGGGCAAGUUUGUCAACUGAACUCAUGCAGCCUUAUGUUCUCAUCUGCAACUUUUUCUAUAAAUUUAUUCUCAGAAACAACGAUGGUCCAUCUUGUGGCAUUUUAUCUUUCCCAUACCACACAGAACUUCCAAGAGUUCUCUUGUUUGGAUUCGUUGGCUUUGUCUAUUCUGUAAUGGCUCCUUUAAUAUUACCUUUCUUGCUGGUUUACUUCUUCCUUGCGAAUCUUGUGUACCGUAAUCAGAUUCUCAAUGUAUAUGUCACAAAAUAUCAAAGUGGUGGUCGGUUUUGGCCUAUUGUGCAUAAUUCAACAAUCUUUUCGCUGGUGCUGACACAAGUACUAUCCAUGGCGAUAUUUGGACUGAAAAAAUCAACAGUUGCAUCGGGUUUCACCAUUCCACUGAUCAUCUGUACACUUCUUUACAAUGAGUUCUGCAAGCAAAGGUUUAUUCCAGUAUUUAAGAACAAUGUUGCGCAGGUUUUUAUUGAUAUGGAUCAAAAAGAUGCAGAUUGUGGGAUGAUGGAGGAGAUUCAUGAGCAAUUGCGUUCGGCUUAUUGUCAGUUUGCAUCAACUUCCAAUGACUUGGGUAAAAAUGUGCCCCUCAACCAUUUUGAGGAUGGACACAGUGUCACGCAUAAAGAUCCAGAGGACAUGAAAAAUGUGCCCCUCAACCAUUUUGAGGAUGGACACAGUGUCACGCAUAAAGAUCCAGAGGAUAUGAAAUCGAGUAUGACGUCACCUGGCAAUUAGAAACUCAGUAUCACACAUCUGAUCUCAUUCAUGCCUCUUGCUUUCAAGAAACAAUCCCAGAUGGCAAAUGCAGUAUAUGUUGCCAGUUCCAGUUUGGUUAUGGGGGGAAUUGAACUUGAAUUGAAAAGGAAGUCUCCGCUUAAACAAACAAGAGAAAAAUGAAAAAGAAAACUGAAAUAGGGGAGAAAGAGAACAUGGAUUGAGCUACAGUAUAGGUACAAAAUUGAACUUUUAUAACAUUUGCUGCCAACAGAGUUGGUGUUCAAUUCCGGGAAGAGACUACAGAAGCUGCUUGAAACCCUCUUGGUUCAUAUCUGACCAAGAAUGCAGACUAUGAGUCAUAUCAACUUUUCGUGUCUUGUUUGGGUUGCCUGUUAAGUACCCAGUUAGUUGUUUAGUCUGGAUUAAGAAAGGCUACAGGAGGGGUUACCUUUUAAGGACAAUGGUAUAUAAAUAAAAAAAUUAUAUAGAAUCUUUAUACAGAAUGACAAAAUUAUGAUUUGCAAUGGUAUGAGUGAUUUCGCCUAUU